GUUCUUGCUUUUUCUUGCUUUGCAUAUCCAAAUUAACCAAAACCAAUGGCCCCAGCAAUUGCAUUCCCAACCACUGACUCUUCGGCCCUUACUGAUUUUGUCAUAAACCAGGGGAAUGGGGUGAAGGGUCUUUCAGAAUUGGGACUCAGAGCCCUCCCCAAGCAUUAUAUCCAACCAGUGGGAGAAAGAAUUGAUGUCAACAAAAUUAUAACCAAUGAAUCCAUACCCAUUAUUGACAUGUCCAAUUGGGAAGACCCUAGUGUUGCAGAUUCGAUAUGUGAUGCAGCAGAGAAAUGGGGUUUCUUCCAGAUUAUAAACCAUGGGGUGCCCCUGGAAGUGCUGGAUAAUGUUCAGGGUGCAACUCAUAGGUUCUUUGGACUUCCAGCUGAGGACAAGAAUAAGUAUUCCAAAGACCAUUCUCCUUCUAAUAGUGUGAGGUUUGGCACAAGCUUUAGCCCUCAGGCUGAGAAGGCUUUGGAGUGGAAAGAUUACCUUAGCCUCUUCUAUGUGUCUGAAGAGGAAGCUGCUGCACUCUGGCCUCCUGCUUGCAGGGAUGAAGUGCUAGAAUUCAUGAAGGGCUCUGAAGUUGUGAUCAAGCAGUUGCUUCAGGUUCUGAUGAAGAGACUGAAUGUGAACGAAAUUGAUGGAACUAAAAAAUCUCUCCUGAUGGGUUCAGUGAGAGUCAACCUUAACUACUACCCUGUUUGUCCGAACCCUGAACUCACUGUCGGAGUGGGACGUCACUCCGAUGUCUCAACCCUCACAAUCCUCCUCCAAGACGAAAUUGGAGGGCUAUACGUAAAAGGACAUCAAGGUGAGGAUAGCUGGAUUCAUGUUCCUCCCAUCAAGGGCUCCCUUGUGAUUAACGUUGGAGAUGCUCUGCAGAUACUAAGCAACGGCCAAUACAAGAGUAUUGAACAUCGUGUGAUUGCUAAUGCUAGCAAGAACAGGAUUUCAGUCCCCAUUUUUGUUAACCCGAGGCCUUCGGAUAUGAUUGGACCCUUGCCGGAGGUGCUUGCAAACGGUGAGAAACCAAUUUACAAGCAAGUUCUGUAUUCGGAUUACGUGAAGCAUUUCUUCAGGAAGGCACAUGAUGGCAAGGGCACAGUUGAAUUUGCAAAGAUAUCAUCAUAAAUAUGUCUUCUUCUUCUUCUUCCUCUUUUAUUAUUAUUAUUAUUAUUUUUUUCUUGGAAUUCUUCAAAGUCGCAGAAUAAGUUCAUAGAAAUAGGUCGUCUUACAAGAGCAACAUAUCUUGCACAAGGGUGUUGUUUCUUUCAUUUCUUAUCCAUCUGUAAUAAGGAUUAUUAAGUUUG